AGAACUUUUAUCGCGAGAAAAAUCGACGGGUAGAGAUAGAGAGAGAGAGAAACGUUGAGGGAGAGCGGAAGGGAGAUCAGUACAGCGGCUGAACGGAUUAUUUUGAUCGCCGCGGCGAUGUCCGCCUCUCCCUCUCCAACCACCGCCCCCUCACCAACCUCACCUUCGCCACCUUCACCUCCGCCACCGACCUCCGCCACCCCGCCGGCGUCUUCCACUGCCCCUCCACCCUCAAACGCUACCGCUUCCCCUCCUCAGCCGGUCUCCUCUCCUCCGCCCCCGGCUGCCGCAACCCCGCCUAGCUCCUCUUCUCCUCCGCCUCCGACCGCCGCGAUCCCUCCUAGAUCUUCUUCUCCUCCGCCUCCGGCUGCCGCGACCCCGCCUAGCUCUUCUUCUCCGCCGCCUCCGGCAGCUGCGACCCCGCCGAGCUCUUCUCCUCCUCCUCCUCCGGUCACCAAUCCACCAUCUCCCGCGCCUCCAGGAAAGCCCUCUCCGUCGAGCCCAGCUCCACCAGGGGGAUCGUCAUCUUCAAAUAGCCCGCCGAGUUCGCAUGGUUCGUCUCCCUCGCCGCCUUCUUCACAGUCCUCAUCGUCGAGUUCGAAUUCAACGGGGCUUGUGGUAGGGCUGGCUGUGGGUGGAGUGCUGAUUCUGCUGGUUUUGGGUAUUGUUUGUGUCUGCUGCUUUAGAAAGAAGCGUCGCCCGCAGCCUAUUCCGCCAGCGUACCAGCACUAUGGUGCUCCGCCGCCUCCACCACCAGUGAAAGAUCAACCUUAUGGGCUGCAAAAUUAUCAAAAUGCUCCUCCACCAGCUGAUUAUGUUAUGAAAAUGCCUCCAAAUCCACCAGUGCCACCAUUCCCUCCACGCCCUCUACAUCCAACCGCCCAUGUCGGAGGCCUUCCUCCUACACCACCGUUUACGAGCAGUAGUGGGGCUUCUGGAUCGAGUUAUUCUGGCUCUGAAAAUCUACCACUUCAACCAUCACCAGGCCUUGGUCUUGGUUUCUCAAAGAGCACAUUUACAUAUGAAGAAUUGGCAAUGGCAACGGAUGGUUUCUCUGAUGCUAAUCUUCUAGGGCAAGGUGGUUUUGGAUAUGUUCAUCGAGGAAUGCUUCCAAAUGGCAAAGAAGUUGCUGUUAAACAACUGAAGAUUGGUAGUGGGCAAGGCGAGCGUGAGUUCCAGGCAGAGGUUGAAAUCAUCAGCCGUGUUCAUCACAGACAUUUGGUUUCGUUGGUUGGAUAUUGCAUUGCUGAUGGAAAGAGACUUCUUGUUUAUGAAUUCGUUCCAAACAAUACACUGGAGUUCCAUUUGCAUGGUAAGGACCGACCAACUUUGGAAUGGCCAACAAGAUUGAAAAUUGCUCUAGGCUCUGCAAAAGGACUUGCAUAUUUGCAUGAAGACUGUCAUCCUAAGAUUAUUCAUCGUGACAUUAAGGCAUCCAACAUCCUUCUUGAUUUCAAGUUUGACGCAAAGGUUGCAGAUUUUGGCCUUGCAAAAAUUGCAUCGGAGACCAACACCCAUGUCUCUACCAGAGUCAUGGGAACUUUUGGGUAUCUGGCCCCCGAGUAUGCAUCUUCUGGCAAAUUGACAGAUAAAUCAGAUGUUUUCUCUUUUGGAGUCAUGCUUCUUGAGCUAAUCACUGGCCGCCGCCCUGUUGAUUCAAGCCAGUCUUUCAUGGAUGACAGUUUGGUUGAUUGGGCAAGACCUUUACUUACACGAGCUCUUGAUGAUGGCAACUUGGAUGCCCUCACUGAUCCUAAUCUGGGCCAAACAUACAACCCGAUCGAGAUGAGACGAAUGAUUGCUUGUGCUGCUGCCUGCGUUCGCCAUUCCGCAAGGCGAAGGCCGCGGAUGAGUCAGAUUGUUCGGGCCCUGGAAGGAGAUGCAUCUCUUGAGGAUCUGAAUGAAGGAGUUAAACCUGGGCAUAGCAGUGUCUAUGGCUCUCAUGUUAGCUCAGAUUAUGAUGCAAUGCAAUACAAUGAAGAUAUGAAAAAAUUCAGAAAAAUGGCAUUUGCAAGCCAGGGCUAUGAAAGCAGCGUGUACAGUGCACCAACAAGCGAGUAUGGUCAGAUUCCAUCAACUUCCAGCAGCGAAGGCAAAGAAAUGGGUAAUGUGAAGAAGAGCCAAGGUUUUCAGUAACCACAAUUAACCUUUUUCCUGCAUUGUUAAUUGUAAAUUGCAGGAUUUUUUUUUCUCUUUUCUUUGGGUCUUUUAUCUCAUUGAACAUAAUAAUUUUUUUUUAAAAAUUUUAAGUUUGAGAAUUGUUUGAUUUCUUCCAAUGAAUGUGUCUGUAGAGAAAACUAAUAGAUGAUUGUCAAUUCUUUAAUAUUCUUGUCAGGGCCUGUUUGCUUCAGGUCCUUUGAUCUAGUUUCAGUUUUGAUAUGUUCCUUUGUGGCAAAAUUUAUAUAUAUAUACAAACAGUUGGUGUUUAA